AUGGACUCGCGCGGGAGGAGGAUGGCAGACCUGCUCCUGUACAUCAACGCAGCCUUCCUGGCUUAUUUCAGCUGUGCCAGCCUGUCCUGGGCAGAUGCAGAGCAUGAGGAUGCUCGUCCUCCAUUCUGCUCGUCCUGCUCUGCGCUGGCUCACUUCUUACACCCUCAGAGUUUCACCGGGGUGUGCAUCCCCUCAUUCUGCCUCCUUGCAGACAGCCCCUCCGCUCCUGUCAACGUCACAGUCAAGCUCCUGAAGGCCAACUCAGCUGUUGUGACCUGGGAUGUUUUGGAAGAGGAAGUGGUCAUCGGAUUUGCUAUUUCCCAGCAGAAGAAGGAUGUACGAAUGCUGCGCUUCAUCCAGGAGGUGAACACCACCACCCGCUCAUGCUCCCUCUGGGACCUAGAGGAAGACACCGAGUACAUUGUGCACGUCCAGUCCAUCAGCAUCCGAGGCCAGAGUCCAGCCAGCGAGCCAGUCCACUUCAAGACCCCACGGGAAGCAGAGAAGCUGGCCUCCAAGAACAAAGAUGAAGUAACAAUGAAGGAAAUGGGAGAAAAAAAUCAGCAGCUGCGAGCCGGGGAAAUCCUGAUCAUCGUGGUCGUCCUGUUCAUGUGGGCAGGGGUGAUUGCCCUGUUCUGCAGGCAGUAUGACAUCAUCAAAGACAACGAGCCAAACAACAACAAGGAGAAAGCCAAGAGCACGUCAGAAAGCAGUACCCCAGAACACCAGAGUGGGGGCCUUCUGCGUAGUAAGUUUCCAAAAAACAAGCCCUCAGUGAAUAUUAUUGAAGCAUGACAGCUGAUGGAAGGGGCUUCAUUUCCUUUCAACUUACUCUCUUCAUUUUCCUCUCCAAGAUCUGGCAGCCAAGGAGGUGAAAUAUU